AUGGCCUCGUCGUCCUGGUACGAGGCCGCAGCCGCCAACCCCCAAGUACCUUGCUUCUUCAUCUUUGGAGAUUCCCUCAACGAUUGUGGCAACAACAACCACAUCAACACAAAGGCAAAAGCAAAUUACAAACCUUACGGCAUCGAUUUCCCCGACGGCGCCACCGGCCGGUUUACCAACGGCCGCACCACCGUCGAUUUCCUCGGUUCAUAUAUUCUCUCUCUCGACCUCUCCCUUUCAACACAAACCACUUCAGUUUUUUUUUUUUUUCUUCUUCUUCUAUGUGUUUUUGCAGCCGAGCAUCUGGGCUUCGACAAUCCAAUUCCACCUUUCACGACCGCCAAAGGUGAAAAAUUACUCCAGGGCAUAAACUACGCGUCGGGCUCGGCUGGAAUCCUCGACGAAACCGGCAAGCAUCUGGGACACAAUGUGGCAUUGGGAACACAAGUCCAGAACCACCAGAUAACACUGUCGAGGAUCGUGGCCAGGAAGGGCGACAACGAGACGGCAGCAGAGCACCUCAACGCUUGCGUGUACUACAUGGCCAUUGGAAGCAACGACUACUUGAACAACUACUUCCUCCCCGACCAUUACAAGACCAGCAACGAGUUCUCCGUCGAAGAGUUCGCCACUCAUCUCAUCUCCACUUACGGUGACAGAAUCAGGACUUUGUACGGGUAUGGUGCAAGGAAAAUAGCCGUGGUUGGGGUGGGUAAGAUCGGGUGCGUCCCUCGCACGAUGGAUUUGUUCGGCACAAACGGCACCAAGUGCAUUCAGAACGUGAACCUAGCGGCGCAGUAUUUCAACAAGCAGCUUAAGAAGCUCGUGGUCGACCUCAACAAGGAGCUAAAAGACGCGAAACUGAUUUACAUCAACUCCUACGGGAUGGGCGAUGGGGAUCCCACGAUUCUUGGUUUCAAGUUCAUAACGAGGGGAUGCUGCAAUCCGAGAGGAGAUGGACAGUGUGUGAAGGACAAAGCGCCUUGUUCGAGCAGAAGAGAGUAUGUGUUUUGGGAUUCUUUCCAUCCGACGGAGGCCAGUCACAGGACUUUCGCUGACCGGACUUACAAAUCCUUGCUGCCUUCGGAUAGCGACCCGUUCGAUCUCCACAGUUUGGCCGCUCUCGAUAUAGGCAAGCAUUAACUGAAAUCCAAAACGUAACUUUUUUUGGAUGUUUUACUACUUGCAUGCAGUGUGGUCAGACUUUUAGCAGCAUGAUGAUUUAGUGCUUACGUGAUUUCUUAGUCAUUCUGCCAUCAUAUUUGAUAAUUCAGCCUUCCAUUGACAACAUAA